CACUACGACGGACCAGAGCAAUUGCAAUCCACCGGAAAUAUCUCUGUCGCCGCCGGCGCCGGUCGCCGCCGCUGCGCCAUGCUCCGGCUCCGAGAGUGCGUCGUUUCCCGCCUCCUCUCUCCUUCCUCCACCUGUGCCGUCUCCCCUCUGCUUCGCCUCCUCUCAGCAUCCGCAUCGGCACCCCCCAUUUCCCCGAACCCAAGUAGCUUCGCCGUGGAGGAGUACCUCGUCCACACCUGCGGCCUCACCCGGCCCCAAGCCCUCAAGGCCUCCACCAAGCUCUUCCACCUCAAGUCCCCCGCCAACCCCGACGCCGUCCUCGCCUUCCUCGCCGGCCUCGGCCUCUCCGGCGCCGACGUCUCCGCGGUCGUCGCCAAGGACCCGCAACUCCUAUGCGCCAAAGUGGACAAAACCCUGGCUCCGGUGGUCGAUGGGCUCACCGACCUCGGCCUGUCGCGUUCUGACAUCGCCCGCCUUGUCUCGCUCGCCCACGCCUAUUUCCGCUGUAGAUCCAUAGUCUCCAGGCUGCAGUACUACCUGCUCCUCUUGGGCUCCUUCCACAACUUCCUCCGGCUGCUCAAGCACUCACCCCGCCUUCUGUCGUGGGACCUCGACAAGGUUGUCAAGCCCAAUGCUGUGUUUCUUAGGGAGUGCGGGCUAGGUGAUUGUCAUAUUGCCAAGCUGUGUAUCCCUGUGCCGAGGAUGCUCGCCACCAACCCGGAGCGCGUCCGGGCAAUGGUGGCAUGUGCUGAAAGAUUGGGUGUACCUCGUGGCACUGGAAUGUUCAGGCAAGCGCUACGGGCUGUCGCGUUUCUCAACGAGGAGAAGAUUGCCACCAAAGUGAACUACUUGAAGAGUACGUUCAGGUGGUCUGAUGCCGAAGUGAGCAUUGCUGUGCGCAAGUAUCCGAUUCUGCUGGAGAAGUCAAAGGAAUCUCUGAACCGCAGGUCCGAGUUCCUGUUCUCUAAGGUGGGGGUGGAACCCGUGUACAUUGCUCAUCGACCGGAAAUACUUUCUUAUAGCAUGGAGGGCCGACUCAGACCCCGGUACUAUGUUAUCAAGUUUCUCAAGCAAAAUGGACUGCUAGAUCGUGACUUGAGCUUAUAUUCUGCGGUCAAGAUGACUGAGAAGGUAUUUGUGGAGAAGCUCAUAUGCCCUCACAAGGAAGCCGCGCCACACCUCGCUGAAGACUAUGCAACAGCUUGCAAAGGGGAGAUGCCAACUAAUUUCAGAUUCACAUGAACAAAAAAGGGCUAUGGAAGUUGGUUACAGUGUAUGGCGCAACAAAGUUAUCACCCUGCGUGUAAGCUGUUACUUCCUGUUUCGGUGUUCUUUGCCUAAGAUGAUGUUGGUUGUUUUCUUUAGUAUGUCUGUUGCUAAAUGCUAACUCCCUAUGAAACUGAUAAUUUGUUUCCUGAACCCCUAUUUGUUGAUGUUGUCAUUCCUUAGAGAACGUCUCUGUAAAUGAGAAGUUCAUGGAUAUAUUUGUGUUUUCGACUUCCAUUGAAGAGUAAUGCGGUGUCGUUUUCCACCAAAA